AUGCCGCCAAAGGCCAAGCAAAAGAAUACUGCAAAUCAGCACCGUCAUGAGAGCGGUUUGGCCAAACCUGCCCCUGGCAAGCGACUCACCAAGCAGCGGUCCAACAACCACCUCCCGACCACCAAUGGUCAGGCAAACCACUCGCUCCCUGCUGCCGCUUCCGAAGGCCUGAAUGACCCCGACAUCGCCGACGACUCGCCCGCAUCGCUGCCCGACGACGACAUGGCUGCAGCUACCAGCACUCCGCCCGUUACAGCCGCCUCCUCCGAGUCCUCUCGUCGCGUGUCCGAUGCUCCCGCCUACAGCUCCGCCGUCAAUACCUCCAAGCUUGCGGGCCGUUCGGCUGCCAGCAGUUUCUCCAUGGCCAUGACCAUCCUCAGCGCGUGCCCGCUGUCAGAUGCAAUUGCCAUCUUGAUUCUGCUCAUGUCGCUCCCUCCGGCACUCGUCAUGCUCAUUCAUAGUCUCUUCGCAUCUCUCACAUUCGUACCUCCUACCGCCGGUGUCUCGUUGAGCUCAUGGAACGGAAUGCCUGCUCUCGCCGACUGGUUCCAUGCCACGUCUACCGGUGGACCCUCGCUCUUUACAAUCCUCUUCACGGACGCGGUCAUGACGGUGGUCUAUCUGUGCAGCGGUCUAUUCUUACAAAACAUCUACUUGGACUUGGGCCAGGCCGUCAUAGCCAUUUCUCUGAGCGGCGCUACCGCAGCGUCAGACCGCUCAGGUCAGAGUGUCGCUGCUUGCAGUGUCCUCGUCUGCGUAUCUCAUUUCCUUCGUUAUAACAAAAUUCAUCUCAUGGGCUUGGAACAGCUGCGCUCGCUGUUGCAGAAUCUUGGUAUUGGUCAACAUUGGAGUCCCAUUCCUUCGGCCGACUUUUCAUCUUCACCUUAUGUUGCCUAUGGUUGGUACCGUGCUCUGCUCGGUUGUCACAUUCUGGCUCAAGGAAUAUUGACUCUUGGUCGCCGUUCCUUGUCGGGGUAUUCUAACCAGUCCCGUGGCAGUGCGAGCAAGAAACAAGAUCCGGAAGCAGCAUCGUAUGGAGACGGAGCCAAGUCGUCGACGAGCCCUGGCGAUUCAGGUCAGGAACCUGCCGGCGGCCUGGGCUCAGAUGGCCGGCCUCUUGCACCAUCGUCAACGAUACGCGAUGGCAAUCAACGUGUUUCGACAGUCAAGAAAAAGAAAAAGCACGCGACAGCAGUCCGCAGUCGACAACCGCUAUGGGCAGCUAUAGCCAGUACAAAAGUAACAUUCUUAAAAGAGAUGGAACAGAAACAAGCUUCCGAAGACCAAGCAGAAGCUACUGCUCACGAUUCGACAAACGACAAUCAACUUAUCCCACGCAUUUCUACCGAAGACCGCAUCUCCAUUGUCGACAUUCGUCCUGCCGAUAUCUUGUUCCGUGCCCACCUUCCGUCCUUUCCCACCACUCCCAGGCCGAAGCCCGAUCCGACUCAUCCUGUCAGUGCAGGUAUCGACAAGUCGAAGCCCUUCUUUGUCCGUAUGAAUGGCGCAGAUUGGGGAUCGACCAAGAUCACCGAGGAAGGAGAAGGAUCGGACACGGUGUGGCAUGGCGAGAUACUCGGGCUGACACCUUUAACUAACUACAGCUGUGAGCUGGUCAGCAUGUCUGACCAGAGCGUCUUGUGUAGCACCGGCCUUGUUACUCUCCCUGCACCCAGCACUGAACAGACUUCGAUCGUUACCGCACCUCCUCAACCGCAAUCUCUCCGUCCACUAUCGCCCGUCUCAACUUUGAAGCAGUCUAUCGCCGCCGCCGAGAUGAAGCGCGAAGAUGCUAGGAUCAAGCUCAAGCGUGCUCGCCGUGAUCACAAGAACGCCGCCUCUGCUGUACGUAAGGAGAUCGAUCAGCUCAACGCCAAGGUUGCCUCUAGUGGUGGUCAGGAUGAACGCCAGCGACAGAGAAUCCUACAGUUGACUCAGCACCUGCGUCAAGCCAACGAAGCAACCACUGCUCUUAAGGACGAGACUGAUGCUCUGGGCGAGAUUCCUCAGGCUGAGCUUCGCGAGUACAACGAGAAGAAACGUGCUUGGCAAGCUGCCUGCGACAAGAAGUCUGCUGCCAUGGCAGACCUCGAAGCUGCCAAGUCUCAAGCUCAGCGCGAAAUUUCGCAAGUCACGUCUGAGUUGACAUCAGCUGCUCAGAAGCGUGAGCGACUUAGCACCCGCAAGGGCAAGCUGACGGAACAACUCGACCGCCUGACCAACCAGAAGAGAGCCGAUAUGAGCGCUAGACAAAAGCAUGACCAGGAGCGAGCCAACAGAAUCUCCGAGUAUCAGCGCCAGGAAGCCAACAUCUUGUAUUGGACCCAGCAAAGCAACAAAGAUGCUGAAGACAACACCCUUCGGGCCAACGAGGCGUUUGCACACAUGGAAUAUCUCACCAACGUUGUCGCACAACAGCAACAGACUCUCUCCGGACCUCCCACUCCUGAAGGCAAUCUCCCUGGUACCAACGGGCCUCCCAAUCGCCAACCCGCUGCAUUCGAUUUUAGCAUGUUUGGUGGUGGGUUUGGACAAGGAUUUGGAGGACUCAGCAACGGCGGAGCGACGCAAGUCAGAGGACGCAGCAGCUCGAUGCUUUCGGGCUACAGCGGUUUCACAGACGACGACUUCGACACAAUGGCUGGAGCUGAGAGUGCACAGAACGAGGCGCUGUUGCUGGAGAACGACAAGGGCAAAGGCAGGUUGGCUAGCAGUCCCAUCGGUAGCAAGUAA